AUGAAAUAUUUAAUAGUAGGUAAACAAAUUGUUGGGAAAAAUAUCCAAACGAAAAAAAAAGAAUUUUUAUAUUUUUUUAGGAUAAACAAAUUUAGUAGUACAGAGUUUAUUAAGAAUGAUAGUAUAUUUGAUUUGAUAGCAAAAAAAAAAAAAAAAAAUAAUAUAACAUGGGACAAUAAUAAAUUUAUAAAAAUCGGGGAAGUAAACGUGUUUGGUCAAAAUGGGGAAGGAAACAAUACAGAGUGUGAUGUAAACAAGAUUGAAAAUGUAAAACACGGAAGAGACAAUAUGAUUGAGAAAGGAAUAAAUAAUUAUUUAGAACAUUUUGAUAAUGAUAUUUAUAAUAAUAAGUUGUAUAUUUUAAGAUAUGCAAAAUAUUUAAAUGAAAAUGAUGAUAUAUAUAAAUACCGAUUUAUUACAAAAUAUGUAAUUAAAAAUAUAACAAGAUAUUAUGAUAAUGAAAUAUUAUUUAUAUUAAAAAUAUUUGCAAAAAAAAAAUAUAAAAAUAUAAUUUUUUUACAAUGUGCAAGUGAAUAUUUUUAUUGGUUAUGCAAAUUAAAUAAAGGUAAUAAAAAAAAUAUAUCUUAUUAUUUAUAUUAUUGUUCUAUUCUAAAUUAUAUACCAACUAUAAAAUAUAUAGAAGAAUAUAUAAAAAUAUUUGAUUAUUUUAUAUCUUUAACAAGUUUAAAUAAUCAAACUAACCAAAUAAAAUUCAAAACUUCACAUAUUUAUGUUAAUUCUUAUAUAAAAGAUAUUUCACCAACAAUUACAGAAUCUAUAUAUGGAAAUUUGAUUAAAGAAGAGACAGACAAUUAUCAUAAAGAUGUAAAAUAUAUUAUAUAUAUUGUGUAUUUUUUAAAUAAAGCAAAUAUAAAAAAUGAAAUAUAUAAUAGAUUGUUAGAUAUGUGUUGUUAUUAUUCUGGUGAUUUGACAUUAAAUAAAAGUUUUUUAUUAUUAGAUAUAGCUAUUUUAAAUAUAGAAAAUAAUAUAUAUAACUUUUCAUAUUUAAUUAAAAAUAUUCAUAAAAAUAUAGAAAGACAUAUAAAUUUAAUGGAUCAAUCAUAUUUUAUAAAAUAUAUAAAUAUAUUAUUAUAUAAUAACAUAAAAAUAGAAAAUAGUUUUUUUUUAUUUAUUAAAAAAUAUAUAGAAAAAUAUCAAACAGAUUUAUCACCAAAAUCUAUAUUAGCUAUUUUAAAAAUAAAAAAAAAAAAAAAAUUUAAAGAUACAAUUAUUUUAAAAGAUAUAUUAAAUAUUGUUAUUAAAUCUUUUUAUAAAUAUACUUAUGACAAUAUAUUAUAUAUCCUAAAAGUAUUAACUUUUUUUAAAUAUUUUCAUGAAAUAUUUUUUAAAUUUAUUUUUAAUAAAUAUGUCCAAACAAAUUAUUUAACUCCCUAUCAAAGACAAAAUGUGUAUACAAAUGUUUCGAAAUCUAAUUCAUACAUUAGUUUGGGAAAGUUGCACCCAAAAAUGAGUAGCAGAAGUGAACAAAAUUUAAUCUUUGAUAAUGAAAGCGAACAAAAUUUAAACGUUGCUAACGAAAGUGAACACAAUUUAAACUUCGCUAAUGAUAAUGAGAAUGAGAACGAAAAUGAUCUCUUUAUGACAAACGCUUCAAGUGAAAUAAAAAAAAAUAAAAAGAUAAACAACAUGUCACAUUUACCAUUACACUUAAACGUUCAAGAAACAAAAAUAAAAAUAAAUCCUCUAAAUAUUGUUAAUAACGAAAUAGUGAGUUAUAAUAAAAUAAAUAAUCCUAUAUUAUUUAAUUAUGAAUAUAUAGACAUGUAUAUAACCUUAUUUAUAUAUAUGGGAAUAAAUUAUUAUCGUGAUGUUUUUAAAUUAAAUGAAUUGUCUCAAAAAAUAAAAUUUUAUUUGCUUUCCACAAAAAUAUCAAAAUAUAAUAAUUUAUUGAAAAAAACUGAUAUACCAAUUUUUAAAAAAAAAGAAAAUCAAUAUAUCGGUUUUUUUCAAAUUAUCGAUAAAAUUAAAGAACAUGAAAAUUCAAAUUUAAAGAUUGUAGACGAAACAAAAGAAUCUAUUUCAUUUCCUAUCAUACAUAAUGAAAAAAAUACUAAACAAGAUUGUCAUUCUUCUAAAAUAGAUAACAAACAUUUGAAACAUGACAUUAAUAAUGAUAGUGAAAAGUAUAAUAAGUUAAUAAAAGAGAAAAGUAAAAGUUGUCUUCAUUUUAAUUAUAAUGAAAUAGAAAAAAAACGUUUGGAAAAUUUAAAAAAAAAAAAAAAAAAAAAUAAUGAAAUCACAAAUAAACCGAUAUAUAAUAAUAAAUAUAUGAAUGUACAAUGUUUUAAGGAAAGUAAAAUUAAUACAAAAAACAAAAUAAAUAAUAACUUAGACUUAAAAAAUGAAUUAUACAAUAAAAUAAAAAAAAUAAAAAAAUACACAUGGAAUUAUUUUAUACUCAAUUUUUUUCAUGGUUUCCAUCCUGCCUUUAUCCGUCUUUACAAUAGAAGACUUUUCACCAAGCAUUUCAACGAUUUGUAUAAAAGUGAAAAGUAUACGGAUAAAUCCGUUUGUAACGUUUUAGCUAAAAAUGGUAGAGAAAAAAAGAUAAGAAAUAAACAAAAGAUAAGUAUGAAGAAAUAUAAAAAAAUAAAAAUUAUUAAAGGUGUGUGCAUGUUAAAAUAUAAAAAUAUAUUUAAAAACAAAUCAAACAUCAUAUUAAAUUAUAUAAAUAAAAUGUAUGAAUGUAAAUCUGAUGACUCACAAAAAUAUACAGGAAUACUUGAUAUGAUUUCAAAACCUGGUCAGAUUCAUAUUGAUGAUUUUAUAUUUGGUAAUAAUGAAAAUAAUAUAUCUUUAUAUAAAAGAAAAAUAAUAAAUAAACACAACAAUCUUAUUUAUAGUAGUGUUAAAAAUAUGCGUAAGGAAUAUUUAAAAAAUGGGGAUACAAACAGUAAUGAAAAUAAAAUGACGCGUGAUAAUGAAAAUAAAAUGGCGCGUGAUAAUGAACAUACAAAUAGCAAUAAAAAUUAUAUAAUUAAAUGGAUUUAUAGAUAUAUAAACAAUUUAAACAUUUUUAAUCAAAAUAAAAAAGUUGAAAUAAAAGAUAUAGAUAUUCAAAAAGUGGCUACAUAUUUGUCUAACCAUUAUACUGACCAAUUUCUACAUAAUAAUGAAAAAAUAAAAAUAAAAAUAAGUUUAAAAAAUAUUUCGUUAUUUUCAUCCUCUUUUAUAAAUUUAUAUUUUUAUGACAAAGAUUUUAUUGAUCUAAUAAUAAAUGAAGUUUUAUAUUUGAUUGAUAUAUUUUAUAAUUUAAAAAAAACAGAAAAAAUAAAUAACAAAUUUAAUCUUAUAAAAGAAGAAAACUGUUAUGUAAGACAUUUUGUUGAUAUAUAUAAAUUUUUAAUAAUUUAUUUGCAAAUAAAUAAUUUUAUCAAUAAUAUUUUAGAAAUUGAUCAAACUUAUCAGACAUUAGAAAAAUUAAUAAAAAUAUAUACACACAAUUAUUAUAGUCACUAUUUAAAAUGCGUUAUAAGCAUGAAUAAAUAUGCUGAAAAUGUUGGAAAUGUUGGAAAUGCUGAAAAUGGUGAAAAUGGUUAUAAAGAUGGGCCAUCGACUUUAGUUGAUUUUUAUUCAACUUAUUUUGAUGUUUCAAUAUUUUCGAACUCUUUUUACAUUUUUAACAAACUAUUAUUUAUAAGCAUUUUCAAUAAUUACUAUAACCAAUUUUGCAAUAUAUAUUCUGAAAAUUUGAAUAAGUUUGCAUAUAAAAUAUCAGAAACAUAUUUGACUCAUUUAUAUAUUACAACUAUUAAUAAUCUAAAAGAUAUAUCAUUAAAUAGAUUUUCAUUACUAUCUUAUUCAUAUAAUAAUAAAUUGGAUCUUUAUUUUACUUGCAUUAAUUUUUAUACUAUUUUUAUUUCACGUCAAUUCUGGCAUUUUAAGCAGCCCACAAAUUAUGGUAACCAAACAGACGAGCCCAAUUUGGGCAAUCUCAUAAUUAGCAACAGUUCUACAACAUUUCCUAACAAAUUGAAUAACCUAGAAUGUGGAAAUAAAAAAGAAGGAAAAACAAAAUACUUAAAUUUGUUUGAAGAAAAAACAAAAUACUUAAAUUUGUUUGAAGGAAACAAACAUAAAACUUGUAAAACUUUAGAAAUGAAAAAUAUUUAUCAUAUAUAUAAAACAUUAAAUAUUUUUUUUAAAUAUAUAAAAUUUGUAAGAAAUAAUAAUUUGAUAACUGACAUAAAUACUUGUAAUAAAUAUUUUGAUUACAUUAUUCAAUUUUAUUAUAUUUUUAAAACACAUUUUAGAAAAUUAAAAAUAAAUUAUAUAAACGAGCAAAAUUACCAUCAAAUAUUUCCUCUAUUUUUUAUAAAAAUUUUGAAUAAAAAAAAUAUCAAAGAAAUAUCAAUAACUCAAUCUUUUUUUGUGGAAAACGAUCCAAAAAAAGAUUUACCAAAUCAAGAUAACUAUUUUAAAAACGAAUUUAUUUACAAUUAUUUUCAUGCUUUUUUUUUUAGAGAAAAAGAAUAA